CCGAGGAAGUUGGUUUGGGGGAGCUUUCCUCGUUCGGGCUUUCGCGAGAAGCUGCGCGCUGUCGUGAUUUCACCAGGAAUUGCAUGGAAUGAAGUUUCUGUAAUAGUGCGUACUCAAAAGUAUCCGAGCGCUGACAGCUGAUUUGACGCAUCAUACCCAGUGUCGGGCCGCGUGCUUUACCGUUCGCCCGAACAUCGGAAAGCAUGUUUUCUUCGCGUGGAAAAACGAUGGCACUUCUUCGUCACACCAAGCCACUGAUUCGUGCGCUGCUUCGUGCUCAACGCCACACAGCUGCAAGGCCACAGUCUGCUGUGAUUGUGGAACCACGGAAGCUUGUCACUAGCUACCAAUGUGAGCCAAGUGAAAUGCCCAUGACUGGGGAAACGUAUGGCCAGCACAUAGACACAGCUGCUGCCAAGUGGGGUGAUGAUGUUGGCUGGGUCUUUCAGCAUGAUAAUCAACAAAUAACCUUUGCAAAUUACAAAGCUGAUGUGGACUGUGUUAGCAAAGGACUGCUGUCUGCUGGUUUCACCAAAGGAGAUACGAUAGCUAUCUGGUCUCCUAAUUCAUAUAACUGGGUGGUUCUUUAUGGUGCUUUGGCAAAGGUCGGAAUCCUGUCUGCUUGUGUACAUCCUGCUUAUACUGCAGCAGAGUUUGAAAAAGUCCUGACAAAGGUGCGUUUUGCAGGCAUAUAUAUUCCAGAAUCAUUCAAGAUUCUCAAGUACUACGAGAUGCUUUGCUCCUUGAUUCCUGAGCUUAAGGAGUCCAGUCCUGGCCAGCUGAACUCUAAGAAGUAUCCAUUCCUAAAAGGCAUAAUCGUGGAGAGCGACAAGGCAUUGCCAGGCUGCAUCAACUGGCGAGACAUUCUGCAAGGAGGAAAUGUCAACUUAGCUGAGGCAGAAAACAAAGUCGGGAUGGAUGAUCCCAUUACCAUUGUGUUCACUUCUGGGACCACGGGAACUCCAAAGGCAGCUAUGCUUUCCCAUCAUGGAUUUGUAAACAAUUCAAUCAUGUAUGACCAUGGUGCACCUGAUCCUGAGCGUUCAAUCCUGUGCAGUCCUUUGCCUUUGUUCCACGUUUUUGGCAUGACAAUCGCCAUGGGUUUGACUGUUAUAAGAGGAAACUGUGCCGUGAUUCCAUGUGCUGGUUAUGACACCAAGGAGGUUCUCAAAUCUAUCCAUAACUACAGGUGUGCACAAGUUGCUGGAGCACCAACAAUGAUUGCAGACAUGAUAAAUCAUCCGGACUUCAAGAGCUUUGAUCUUUCCAGCCUAAACAGGGUCGUAAUGGGAGGCAAUGUGGUGACUCCUGAAAUGAGGAAGUUGGCAAGGGAAAAGUUUAAGGCUCAUGUCUGGGUUGGCUAUGGAGCUACAGAGACAACAACAGCAUCUACACUGGUGACUGAAAGGGAUCCUGAGAGCAAACAAGCUACAACUGUUGGGAGACCAGUAGGCUACGUAGAGGUAAAGGUUGCAGAUCCUGCCACAGGCAAGGAGACUGCCAUCAAUGAACCUGGAGAGGUGUGGAUUCGAGGUCAUAAUGUUUUUAUUGGUUACUACAACGAUGAAGAGAAGACUAAAGAAGUCAAAGGACCUGCUGGAUGGUAUAAAACAGGGGACUUGGGCAAGAUGGAUGAAGAUGGCUACCUUAGCAUUAUUGGACGUCUGAAGGACAUGGUCAUCAGAGGAGGAGAGAACAUUUAUCCGCUUGAGAUUGAGGAAGUUCUCAACACCCAUCCAGCUAUUCACGAGUGCCAUGUAAUUGGAGUGCCAGACGCACGAAUGGGUGAGGAACUUUGUGCCUGGGUGUUACUUAACCCAGAAUCCAAGGUAACUGACGCUGAGCUUCAGCAGUACUGCAAAGGCAAGCUCAGCCAUUUCAAGAUUCCUAAGUAUUUCCUUUAUGAAACGGAUUAUCCAAAAACAGCUAUAGGGAAAGCACAGAAAAACAAAAUGAGGGAAGAAGCGGCAAAGAAAUUGGGUCUGUGAGCAAGAAGAUCCCAGUGAUGGUGGACUUAACCAUAUUGAACAACACCUUGUGGCUUCUGGUGCUUGUUGACCU